CGCGUGGACGUGGCUCCGGGCAGGUCCCGGGGGCUCCUGCGCACCUGCCCGCGCGGACCCAGGUGUCCUCUCACCUGCCCGGCCCUCCGGCCCGGGGGGAAGACGUCUUCCCCGGAGAGCUCGGAGCCGGGCCCCGACAUGGACUCAGUGGUCUUUGAGGAUGUGGCUGUGGACUUUACCCUGGAGGAGUGGGCUUUGCUGGAUUCUGCUCAGAGGAAGCUCUACAGAGACGUGAUGCUGGAAAACUUGAAAAACCUGGCCGCAGUGGAUGAUGAGACUCAAUUGAAGGCCAAUGGGUCUGUUUCUCAGCAGGAUGCUUAUGGGAAUAAAAUAUCCAAGGGAAACAAAUUGGCAAAGUUCACCAGAAAUGAAUCCUGGGCCUCUGUUUUAGGGAAAAUUUGGGAAGAACUCAGCACGGAAGAUCAGCCCACAAACCAGGGGAGACACCUGAGAAAUCCUGUGGUGGAGAGACUCUCUGAAAGUAAUGGUCAGUGCAGGGAAGGCUCCAUUCAGAUUCCAAAUCUUAAUCUGUAUGAGAAAACUCUUUGCGGAGUUAAAGAGGAUGAAUGCAGUGAGUAUGAGAAAGUCUUCGGGCGUCACAUCGCCAUGCACGCUGGACACAAAGCGUAUCAGUGUCAGGAGUGUGGGCGGGCCUAUACCUGUCGUGCACACCUAAGAAUGCAUGUGAGAACCCACAACAGAGAGAGAACCUACGCGUGUAAAUUAUGUGGAAAAACCUUUCCUCGUACCUCUUCCCUCAACCGGCACGUAAGGAUUCACACUGCUGAGAAAACCUAUGAGUGUCAGCAAUGUGGGAAGGCCUUCAUUGAUUUCUCAAGUCUUACUAGUCAUGUGAGAACUCACACUGGAGAGAAGCCAUAUAAGUGCAAGGAAUGUGGGAAAGCCUUCAGUUAUUCCUCAACUUUCCGGAGACACAUGAUAACGCACACUGGAGAGAAGCCCUAUAAAUGUAAAGAAUGUGGGGAAGCCUUCAGCUACUCCUCAACUUUUCGGAGGCAUAUGAUCUCACACACUGGGGAGACACCACAUAAAUGUAAGGAAUGUGGAGAAGCCUUCAGCUACUCCUCAGCUUUUCGGAGGCACAUGAUCUCACACACUGGAGAGAAGCCCUACGAAUGUAAACAGUGUGGGAAAACCUUUAUUUACCUGCAGUCCUUCCGGAGACACGAAAGGAUUCACACUGGAGAGAAACCCUAUGAAUGCAAACAGUGUGGGAAAACCUUCAUUUAUCCCCAGUCCUUUCGAAGACACGAAAGGACUCAUGGUGGACAGAAGCCCUAUGAGUGCAGCCAGUGUGGGAAAGCCUUCAGCCAUCCCUCGUCCUUUCGAGGGCAUAUGAGAGUGCACACUGGGGAGAAACCUUAUGAAUGCAGUCAGUGUGGCAAAACUUUCAACUGGCCCAUCUCCUUACGAAGACAUAUGAGGACCCACACCAGAGAGAAACCCUACGAGUGCAAACAGUGUGGGAAAGCCUUCAAUUUGUCUGCUUGCUUUCGAGAACAUGUGUGGAUGCAUCCAGGAGACAAGUCCUAUCAAUGCAAGCUAUGCGGGAAAGCGUUCUAUUGCCACAUAUCCUUACAGAAACACAUGAGAAGGCACACCGCAGAGAAACUCUAUGAAUGCAAGCAGUGCGGGAAAGCUUUCAGUUGGCCUGAACUCCUGCAGCAGCACGUGAGAACACAUACCGCGGAGAAACCCUAUGAAUGUAAGGAAUGCGGGAAGGUCUUCAAAUGGCCGUCAUCCUUGCCGAUACAUAUGAGAGUGCACACUGGAGAGAAACCCUAUGAAUGUAAGGAGUGUGGGAAGGCUUUUAGUUGUUCCUCAUCCUUAAGAAGACAUGUAAGGAUACACACUACCGAGAGACACUACUUAUGCACUGCGGGAAAUUCUGCAGAUGAAUUCAUGCCCCAUGCUUCAGAAAAUCCACACCAGGAGAGAAAUCUGAUAAAAGUUGUAAAUAUGGUACUGCCUUUGUGAGAACCCCAUCAAAGUGGACCCAUGGGGUGUGCAUUUCCAGUUCUUUUACAGAUAAAAACUUGGGUGCAGAAUAGCUCUCCAAGUACUCUUAGCUUUCAUACGAAAGUUUGCAAAUACUAUGUUUUCCCCUACAUUUCAGUAAAUAAACCUAUCUUUACAGUU